AAUUAAACCCAAGCAUUUUCUGCUCCACUACUGUCCUUUCUGCGCCGCGGCUAUGGCUGCUGCUACUUUCUCUUCACCAUGGCUUCUAAGAAGAGCACUUAAAGCUUUCUCUUUCUCACCUACACUUUGCGUCAGCAACAAGCUGUAUUUCCACGGAGUUCUUCGCCCUUUUCCCGUCCAUAAUCCACUCAGACAUUCUGCUGCAGGAUUAUGUUACUUGGCACAAGCUAUAAAGGAGGAUACUGAUGUUCUACUUAAAGGAGUGGCUGAUAAAAGCACGGUUGAAGAACUGAAAAAUAUUCUUCAAAUGGCUAGAAGGGCAGAGUCUAGAAGAGAGGUCCUCCAUACAGAUUUUCUCACCCCACCAGUAUUGAAGGAGUCAAUGCUGGUAUUGGGAAAACUAGCUGACAUAAAAGCAGUUGCUCAGGGAGGAUACCCUCAGGCUGAGCGUUGUAGGAUCUCUGUUGGACAUUCAGAAGUAUUAAGAAGUGAUCCAGAUAUUAUUACAGCAUUGAGUAUCACAGGUAAUUUUGGUUUUCAACCUUGUUCUCAUGGUGAUUUCCUUGGUGCAAUUCUUGGAACAGGGAUUGCUAGGGAUAAGCUUGGGGAUAUUAUCUUGCAGGGGGAGAAGGGAGCUCAGAUCUUGAUUAUUCCAGAACUUGCUGACUUUAUUAUAUCAACAAUGGACAAGGUUGGUAAUGUUUCAGUCAUCUGUUCAAAGAUACCAUUACUUGCUCUUGAGUAUGAACCACCAAGGACUAAGUCAUUCAGAACGGUGGAAGCAUCACUACGGGUUGAUGCUCUAGCUAGUGCAGGAUUCAAGAUUUCAAGGUCAAAACUAGUUAAUUUAAUCAGCAAUGGAGAUGUGCGUGUUAAUUGGACCACUGUUACAAAAAAUGGGACUACACUAAAGUCUGGAGAUGUUGUAUCAGUAAGUGGACAAGGACGAUUAAAGAUAGGAGAAAUAAACACUACAAGAAAAGGAAAAUUUGCGGUUGAGCUAAUUAGGUAUCUUUAAGGUUUACAUGCCGUGAGGAAUUGCUAUGAGAUGAGUCGAGUUCAACCAGCUUCCAGCAUUCACAGUGUACUUUUUUCUUCUAAACCAUAGAUUAUCAAAAUGAUAGAAGCUCAGAUAAAAAGAUUGUGAGGUAAGAUGUUUAGAAACCAUUACUUACAAUCUUAAAUACAUUCUUGGAGAAAAUAAUAAAUGUGAUGUGCAUAUAAUAUCUGUUUCGGAUACAUUUAGAGAACUACUUUUGCACGUUCAUAUUUCACUAGAGUAUCUGAUGACAUUGUUAAAUCCCCUGUAAAAAUACUUCCACAAGAAGGAGAAAAUAUCAUGGUCACAUCUAAAUUUUCCUGUACUGUUGGGAGAGUUUCAAAGCUUUCAGCUCUUGCACCUCCUUCUGCAACUUCUAGAUCUCCUCCAUCAGAUUCUUGC